AUGCCGGUACCUGUGCAGAAAGACCAAGUUACGUGUUUUCAAGCCCCUGAUUACUAUAUGCAUCCCUAUGAGGACUUUCCUAAACAGCAUCCCUAUGAGGACUUCCCUAAACAGCAUCCCUUUGAGUACUUCCCUAAACAUCAUCCCUAUGAGGACUUCCCUAAACAGCAUCCCUAUGAGGACUUCCCUAAACAUCAUCCCUAUGAGGACUUCCCUAAACAUCAUCCCUAUGAGGACUUCCCUAAACAUCCUCCCUAUGAGGACUUUCCUAAACAGCAUCCCUAUGAGGACUUCCCUAAACAUCAUCCCUAUGAGGAUUUUCCUAAACAGCAUCCCUAUGAGGACUUUCCUAAACAGCAUCCCUAUGAGGACUUCCCUAAACAGCAUCCCUAUGAGGACUUCCCUAAACAGCAUCCCUAUGAGGACUUCCCUAAACAGCAUCCCUAUGAGGACUUCCCUAAACAGCAUCCCUAUGAGGACUUUCCUAAACAACAUCCCUAUGAGGACUUCCCUAAACAUCAUCCCUAUGAGGACUUCCCUAAACAUCAUCCCUAUGAGGACUUCCCUAAACAGCAUCCCUAUGAGGACUUCCCUAAACAGCAUCCCUAUGAGGACUUUCCUAAACAGCAUCCCUAUGAGGACUUCCCUAAACAGCAUCCCUAUGAGGACUUUCCUAAACAGCAUCCCUAUGAGGACUUCCCUAAAGAGUAUCCUUAA